AUGAGAUCCUUCGCCAUUCUCCCGCUGGCUGCGGCCGCCAGUGCCUUCGUCGUCCCGGACUUCGAGACGUUCUCCCAGCUUCCCGUCCACGGGCAACAGCCGCACCGCGAUGACAGCUCUUGGCAGGACUGGUUCCCCUCAGCCGACUCCAUCUCGUCGUCCGUCCACGAUGUCGUAGACUCGCUGUCAUCCGGCGUGGAGGAGACCUUCCACGCCGUCAAGGGCAAGCUCGAGACGGAGCUCGAGUCCAUCUUCGACGAGGACGCAGGCAGCGCCGUCGAGGAGGUCGACGCCGCGGACAAGCCCCGCCGCGGCGGCCGCCACGAGAACAAGUACACGACCAAGUUCGCCGAGCUCGUGGACGAGCACGAGGACAUUGUGCAGCUGCUCAACAGCACCAAGGCCAACUACACGCUCUUCGUCCCCGUCGACAGCGCCUUCGAGCACAUCCCCAAGGACAAGAAGCCCAGCAAGGAGUUUGUCGAGUCCGUGCUGAAAUACCACAUCGGGCUGGGCUUGUACCCCGCCGGCCGCGUGCUUGUGACACACACCCUGCCCACCGCCCUGGACGAGCCCCUGCUCGGGAAUAAGCCUCAGCGCCUCCGGACCAGCGUCGGUCUGCUCUCCGGUGUGAGGGUCAACUUCUACAGCAAGGUCGUCGCAGUCGACAUCGGAGCCAAGAACGGAGUGAUCCACGCCGUCAGGAGCCUCCUCGUGCCGCCGCCCUUCGUCGGCCGCGAGCUGUCCCUCUUCCCGGGCAAGUUCUCCACGCUGCUCCUGGCCUUCGACAAGACGGACUUCACCUCGUUCAUCCACGGGCAGGUGCUCAACGGGUCGACCAUCUUCGCGCCGGACAACCGCGCGUUCCAGAGGCUCGGCCCCGGCGCCAACGCGUUCCUGUUCAACACGGAGACGGGCAUCAAGUACCUCAAGGCCAUCCUCAAGUACCACGUCGUGGCCAACGAGACCGUGUACAGCGACGCGUACUACUCCCAGGGCGAGGACGACAGCAAGGCGCAGGACGACGUCGGGCGCGGCCACUACCACCUCGACCUGCCCACCCUCCUCGGCGACAAGAGGAUCGCCCUCGAUGUCGCCCGGUGGGCGGGCUUCAUCCGGCUCAAGAUCAAUGGGUACAUCCCCAUUGCGGUGCAGGACGGCAUCGCCAAGAACGGGGUCGUCCACGUCCCCGCCAAUGUGCUCAUCCCGCCUCACAAAGACCACAAGGGCGGGGAGGAGGAGUCCUCGGUCACCGGUGAGAUCAGCGUGGAGGAGCUGAAGGAGAGGCUGGCUGGGUACGUCGAGGGUGAGGAGGAGCAGGUCGAGAAGGCGCCCAAGAUUGAGAUCGAGCUGUAA